AAGAUCAAUUCCUGGCUGCCUAAGCUGGACAACGGUUCCCAAACUUGCUCAGCAGAGCUUUCCCCUGCACACAGAGCUUGGUACGGCCCAAAGAAUUGUCAGUCUCUGCCUCAAGUGGGAAAGUUUCCUGUGACUGCCGACAGUCCGGACCGGAGGUUUCCUAAACCAGCUGGAGAUCGAAAUCAUGCUUGCUGUGGUGAAACCUUUUAAAGGCCAGAAGUACCAUGAGCUCAAGCAGGCGUGCCUCCGACAGCACCAGCUCUUUGAGGACCCUGAGUUCCUUGCUGGCAAUGAGUCCCUCUUCUUCAGCCGCCGCCUGCCAGGCCCAGUGGAAUGGAAGCGGCCCAAGGACAUCUGUGACAACCCACACCUGUUUGUGGGUGGGAUCAGCUCCCACGACUUACAUCAAGGAAAGCUGGGGAAUUGCUGGUUCGUAGCAGCCUGUUCUUGCCUGGCCCUCCAAGAAUGUCUCUGGAAAAAGGUGAUCCCCGAGGCAAAGGAGCAGGACUGGGACUCUCGAAGGCCUGAGAAAUACGCAGGAAUAUUCCACUUCCGCUUCUGGCACUUUGGCGACUGGACUGACGUAGUGAUUGACGACCGUCUGCCCACCAUCAAUGGGGAGCUGAUUUUCUGCCACUCCAAUGUGCCCAAUGAAUUCUGGAGUGCCCUGCUGGAGAAGGCCUAUGCAAAGCUGGUGGGCUGUUACGAGGCUCUAGAUGGCGGGAACACCGCGGACGCCAUCACAGACUUCACGGGAGCCGUGUCUGAAACCAUUGACCUGAGGAAGGGCAAUUAUGGAAAGCUCCUCCUGGAGCAGACCAAACUCUUUGAGGAUCUGUUCAAGGCCCACAACAGAGGGGGCCUCAUCAGCUGCUCCAUCCUGCCUGACAUUGCCAAUGAGCGUCAAGGAACCACUGAGCAGGGUCUAGUGAGGGGCCAUGCCUACUCAGUAACCGACAUCCGCAAGCUGCGCCUUGGAGGACGACUCCUGGCUUUCUUCAAGGCUGAAAAGCUGUUCAUGAUCCGGAUGAGGAACCCAUGGGGAAAGCGGGAGUGGAGUGGGCCCUGGAGUGACAGCUCUGAGGAGUGGCAAAGAGUGAGUGAAGUGGAGAGGAAGAACAUGGGACUCAAUGUGACGGAUGAUGGAGAAUUCUGGAUGGCCUUUGAUGACUGGUGUAACAAUUUCACGGAUGUGGACAUCUGCCGCAAUCUGAACACUUCCAUCUUCAGCAUCCACAAGACCUGGGAGAAGGCCGCAGUGCGUGGAGCUUGGCUACAUGAUGAGGACCCUCUGAUCAAUCGGGCUGGAGGCUGCUUCAACAACCGUGCUACAUUCUUGCAGAAUCCCCAGUAUGUCUUCAACAUCAAUAAGGAAGAGGACAAAGUCCUCAUCUCCCUGCAGCAGCGUGAUCAGCGCCCAUACCGCAAGGAUGGCAGAGGAGACAACUACAUCAUUGGCUUUGAGAUCUUCCGGGUGGAGCUAAAUCGGGAAUACCGGCUCCAUCAGCUGCAGGUCCAGGAGAGGGUGGUGGGCUCCACCUAUGUCGACUCCCGCACGGUGUUUCUGAGAACCAUACUGAAGAAGGGCCGCUAUGUCAUCAUCCCCACCCUGUUCCAGCCUGGCGACAUCAGCGAAUUCAUCCUGAGGCUGUUCACCGAUGUUCCCUCAGAGCUCAGGGAGCUCAUGCUGGACAAGCCCGAGCCCGGGUGUAGGAGCUUCCUGUGCGGCUAUCCCCAGCGAGUCACCCAGCUGAGCGUUCAUAGCGUGGAGGGGCUAGCCAGACAGAACGGCUCCAGACGUACCAAUCCCUAUGUUAUCAUCAAGUGCGGGAGGGAGAGCGUUCGCUCCCCCGUCCAGAAAGAAACCUUCGAUGCCGUUUUUGACACCCAGGCUAUAUUCUACCGCAAGAAUCUCAAGGACCCCAUUGUGGUACAGGUCUGGAACAAAAAGCUUCCAUGUGACCAAUUCCUGGGACAAGUGACCCUGGUAGGCGAGCCGAGCGACUCCCGGGAGCUGAGGACCCUCCAGCUUCGGGAUAAGGGUGCUCCAGACGCCCCACCUGUGACCGGGCACCUCAGUCUCAAGGUGGUGUCCACUGAUGACCUCAUGGAGCUCUGAAAGCCUGGCCCCGGCCUCCCUCUGGUACCUUCCCUGGCCAAGUCCUCUGUUUUCUUUGUCAAGGGCCAGGGGGAGGACAGAUGGGGUUAGGGGGAGGGAGGAGGAGAGAAGAUUCCAGGCCCGGUUCUGCUGAGCUGGGAUGGAGAUGAUGAGCAGUGGAAGCCCUCCUGAGCCAAGCUUGCUGAUCAAGCACAAGUCAUUUGAAAGUCCCAUAUUGUAAGCAGCCCAACUUCCUCACUCCACGGGCCAGGCCCACCUGGCCUUGUCCUGAUGAUUAAGGCGGUAGUCAGCGCAGGGCAGGCCUCAGGGCCCCCCAUGGAGUUGGGGGGUGAAACCCACACUAACCUAGCUCCCGUCCUUCUGGCACUAACAAAGCUUUGCUUCAAAACCGCCCUGCAAGGUAGAGAACCAGGAAGUACUAUUGUGGCCAUCCACCGAUGGAAAGAAAGGAGGUCCAGAAAAGGGUGGCCCCUUUGCCAACGCACAGUGGGCUAGAGAUAGCAGGAGCUCCUCUGAGGUUUGGGGGGGACACACAGGAAGGAGGGGGUUGGGAAAUGAUAGUAAAAACUGACAUUUAUAUAGAGCUUCUAACGCGCAGUGACAGGGCUUAUCACCACCCCCACGUCAUGGCAGGCAUCAUGGGCACCAUGUCACAGACAAGGGAGCUGAGGCCCAGAAGGGUCAGAGGCAGAAUCAGAGGCCAGAUCUUCCUGGCUUCCACUCGAGUCCUCUGGCCUCUGGGGCAGCUGCCGCCUAGGAGUGGAGCCCAGUUGGGUCUCACUAAGGUGGGAACCCUUCAGGAGGCCUUUGUAAGCAGCUCUGGUAGACAGGCCUAUUUGCUAUGUGACAUCAGGCAAGUCUUUUGUUGGGAGGAAAACACUAGGCCCAGAGUCAGAGGCCUUCUGGGGAAUCUCUGGCUCCCUUGCAUCCAACCAGUAGGAAUGUGGCCCAGCUCCUUCCCCACUCAGGACCUCAGUUUCCCAGCUCUGUACAAUGGAAAAGGCUUAGACCCAGUGACUGAGUUCUGGCAUCCCUUGGGACAAGCAAUGAUGCCCAGAAGUCACCAGGGCAGUGUAUGAGGCAGGCAUCAGCCAAAGGAAGAGCUGGAACUAGCUGGACCCAAAGCCACCAUGCCACCACUGCUACUUGGGUCACCUGGGGUGGGUAUUGCCCUGUACUUGCAAAAUAGCUUUAAUCUCUGUCUUGUAGUCCCUGGCUUAUAGGAGGGGAGGAGGGACAGUGGGGACCAGUCACUGGCAAAAGUGGGGAUGGGUAGCCAGGGUCUGGUAUCUAGUCCUGCGUUGCUCAGGGUCCCCCACACAUCAUGUACCCUAGGCUCCGAGGCUUUGGAGCCAGAGGGGGCAAUGUGGCAGACAGCUCAGCUGGGCUGCCCCUUGGCCUUUCAUCAUCCUGGCUCUCCUCUUUCUCCUCAAUCCCAGGCAACACUUACCCCAUUCCUGCCCUGCUUUCAAUAAAAUCCUAUCCAUUCA